CACGCGGACUCGGCGCAGAACCCUGUGAUCCGAGCGCUGCCGAGGCUCCGCGCGGAGCUGCCGUCGCUGCUGCUGGCGUGCGACGUGUGCCUCUGCCCGUACACCUCGCACGGACACUGCGGCCUGCUGACCGACUCCGGCGCAAUCGACCAUGCUGCAUCUGUUAAAGGAUCGCGGAGGUCGCACUCGCUUAUGCAUUGGCUGGUGCUCAAAUCGUGGCGCCCUCGGACAUGAUGGAUAAUAGAAUAAAGGCUAUCAAGGAGGCCUUGGUCUCUGUCAAGUUGCAAAACCAGGUGUCGCUGCUGUCGUACUCGUGCAAGUUCGCGUCGUCCAUGUACGGCCCGUUCCGCGACACGAUGAAGAGUUCUCCGAUGUCGGGCGACCGCAAGUGCUACCAGCUGCCGCCCGGCGCCGCCGCGCUCGCCGCCCGCGCCGCCGCUCGCGACGUGGCGGAGGGCGCGGACUUCCUGAUGGUGAAGCCGGGCCUGCCGUACCUGGACAUCGUGCGGCAGACCAAGGACAAGUUCCCGAACCACCCGCUCUUCAUUUAUCAGGUAUCCGGUGAAUACGCGAUGAUCUCUCGCUCCGGGGAGAGUGAGGAUGUGAGUACAAUGCUCAUGGAGGUACUCACGUGCAUGAGGAGAGCGGGUGAUUUGUGUGCAAUGGUGCUGGUGGUCGCGGCGGUGUGCGCCGACGACAAGAAGGAGAAAGACAAAGACAUCGGCACAGUGAUCGGUAUCGACUUGGGUACCACCUACUCAUGUGUUGGUGUGUACAAGAACGGACGAGUGGAAAUCAUUGCCAACGACCAGGGUAACCGUAUCACCCCCUCAUACGUGGCUUUCACUGCCGACGGCGAGCGUCUCAUCGGUGACGCCGCCAAGAACCAGCUGACCACCAACCCCGAGAACACUGUCUUCGAUGCCAAGCGUCUUAUCGGUCGUGAGUGGGGCGACACCACCGUCCAGCACGACAUCAAGUUCUUCCCCUUCAAGGUCAUUGAAAAGCAGAGCAAACCCCAUGUCUCCGUUCAGACCGCUCAAGGAAACAAAAUCUUUGCCCCUGAGGAAAUCUCCGCUAUGGUCCUCACCAAGAUGAAGGAAACCGCUGAGGCUUACCUCGGAAAGAAGGUUACCCACGCUGUCGUUACCGUCCCCGCCUACUUCAACGAUGCUCAGCGUCAGGCCACCAAGGACGCCGGUAUCAUCGCUGGUCUCAACGUUAUGAGGAUUAUCAACGAACCCACUGCCGCCGCCAUCGCUUACGGUCUUGACAAGAAAGAAGGAGAAAAGAACGUCCUUGUCUUUGACUUGGGUGGUGGUACCUUCGACGUGUCUCUGCUCACCAUCGACAACGGUGUGUUCGAAGUAGUCGCGACUAACGGUGACACUCACUUGGGUGGUGAGGACUUCGACCAGAGGGUCAUGGAGCACUUCAUCAAACUGUACAAGAAGAAGAAGGGCAAGGACAUCAGAAAGGACAACCGCGCCGUCCAGAAACUGCGUCGUGAAGUUGAGAAGGCCAAGAGAGCUCUGUCUUCCAGUCACCAGGUCAAGAUCGAAAUCGAGUCCUUCUUCGAAGGUGAAGACUUCUCUGAGACUCUGACCAGGGCGAAGUUCGAGGAAUUGAACAUGGACCUCUUCAGAUCUACCCUCAAACCCGUACAGAAGGUGUUGGAAGACGCCGACAUGAACAAGAAGGAUGUUGAUGAGAUUGUGCUGGUCGGUGGUUCCACUCGUAUCCCCAAGGUUCAACAGCUGGUCAAGGAAUUCUUCAACGGCAAGGAGCCAUCCCGAGGCAUCAACCCCGACGAGGCUGUCGCUUACGGUGCUGCCGUCCAGGCUGGUGUGCUCAGCGGAGAACAAGACACUGACGCUAUCGUGCUGCUCGACGUCAACCCUCUGACCAUGGGUAUCGAGACCGUCGGAGGAGUGAUGACCAAGCUGAUCCCCCGUAACACUGUCAUCCCCACCAAGAAGUCCCAGAUCUUCUCCACCGCCAGCGACAACCAGCACACCGUCACCAUCCAAGUGUACGAGGGCGAGCGUCCCAUGACCAAGGACAACCAUCUCCUCGGAAAAUUCGACUUGACCGGAAUCCCGCCAGCGCCUCGUGGUAUCCCGCAAAUUGAGGUCACAUUCGAGAUUGACGCCAACGGUAUUCUGCAAGUGUCUGCCGAGGACAAGGGAACAGGAAACAGGGAGAAGAUCGUCAUCACAAAUGACCAGAACAGACUGACGCCAGAGGAUAUCGAGAGGAUGAUCAAGGACGCAGAGAAGUUCGCUGACGACGACAAGAAGCUGAAGGAGCGCGUCGAGUCGAGGAACGAGCUCGAGAGCUACGCAUACUCUAUCAAGAAUCAGCUCCAGGACAAGGAGAAACUCGGCGCUAAGGUCAGUGAUGACGAAAAGGCAAAGAUGGAGGAAGCCAUCGAUGCGGCCAUCAAAUGGUUGGAAGACAACCAGGACGCCGACUCAGAAGAAUACAAGAAACAAAAGAAGGCGGUGGAGGAUGUCGUCCAGCCCAUCAUUGCCAAGCUGUACCAAGGCCAGGGUGGUGUGCCCCCGCCCGGCGCCGGCGAGGAUGAAGACUUCAAGGACGAGUUGUAACAGACCGAACUCUAAGUGAUCGCAGCAAAUGAUCUCCAGCUUGCUGCUCGGUCACGGCCCACGCACGGAUACGAUGUGUUUUAGCUCGUGUUGUGUAUUUAUUGUGUGCGAGUAGAGUGUGUUCGAGUGAGUGAACGGACCUGAGCGGCUGUGUUCUGUAUAAAUUGAUGCAUUUUAUUUUUAGUGAAAGCAAUAGUCUGCGAGACGCGUGGGAUCCAUGACAGUCGCAGAUGCCUAUCUCGCUGGUGUGAAGUUAGUCUCGCCAACUCGGAGACUACCUCAGUGUUCUUUAAUGUAUGUAAUUAUUUUGAGACUGCAGAAUGUUAGUUCAUAAUUAGCAGAUUAAAUUAAAUAAUUAUGUAGUAAUUUAAAUGAAUUUCAAUCGAAGUACGGAGGGAGUACAUAAUAAUAAAAACAUUUUUCUAAGGAA